AUGCCGGUAAGUACCUUUUGUUGAGCGAGAAUGCUUGAUCAUACUUCAAGAAAGCUUUUCGCUUCAUUUAAUAGUUUAUUUGUUUGAUUACUAGGCGUAUCAUUCGUCAUUACAAGCGCCUAAUUCCAUAGGCAACAUGGCGCUUCUUCCUAUCAACACGAAGUUCAAAGGGCCAGCUCCGCCUGGAGGUACAGCUCAAACAGCUUUUUUCGUUAUUUGUUUAAGAAGUAAUUAUUUAUUGUUAAGUCGCCAAAUGGCUUAAGUUCUUUGAACAGAUGAAGCUGUAAUGAAUUAGGCAUCGUGAUAACUGUUUUUACUGUCUCUUUUAUGGUUUUUAGAUGGAAAUAAUGACAUCAUCGACGAAGCAAUCUACUUCUUCAAGGCCAACGUGUUUUUUAAAAGUUAUGAAAUCAAGGUACUUACAGUUAUAACUGUAGCAUCGUGAUAUUUAACUGCACUGAUUAGCUCCAAUGUUUGUUGUAAAACACUACUUUGAACCACCCUCCCCCUGAAGGGGCAAUAGGGAAAAACUCCAACAAGUGACAUAACUUUGAAACAGCGACAUAACACAGGUGAAGUCGUGAGAUAUCAUACAUAGACAUAAAUGCGACCUAGACAGACAUAAUUGCAAAUUAUACAAUAGUAAAAUACAGACAGCUACAUAGCUUCCUCCUCAACACAUGAAUUGACAGGUUUUGAAGUUUUGACUCAAGGACAUUCAUACUUCCUCCUAAGACCUCCUACCUCCCCCCUGCCAGCAUCUCUUGUUGCAGUCAACCCUUGUCUUGCUGACAUUUAUGGACACCGCAAUAAAAUGGACAGUCAGUAAAUCUGGGCAAAAACUCUUGCUUUCAUGGACUCUCACCACUAAAAACAAACUUUUGGUCUACGAGAACAAAUCCAGCAAGGGGCCAGUGCGGAACUCGAACCCAGAACUGCAGAAUUGCAAGUCUGAUGCGCGGACCACUCGGCCAUGCUGCCUCCUCCUCCUCCUUGAGGUUGCUUAUUUUCACUGCCAUCUCCUCUACCCCAAGGCUGAGUUGUUCAACAGAGCAUAAGCAGAAAUCUAUAUUAUUUUUGGCCACAACUCAUUUCCUAGACUGUUUGUUUACUGGGAUUUCACACCCCAAACCUCAGACCAAACUAAGCUUCAAACAACCUGUUUACAGGAUACGAUCAUCAGAUCACUUCCUCCCCAUGUAUGAGGUUCUGUCUCAAACAAAGCAGUAAAUACAUUUACAAAGUUACUAUAAUAUUUUAUGUUGAUUGUAUUUUUUUGGUUUCAGUCUCCAGCGGACCGUGUUUUAAUUUAUCUGACACUUUACAUCUCAGAAUGCCUGAAGAAACUUCAAAGAGUACGUUAAUUUAGUUUUUAAUCUCAGACUAUUCUCAGUACUGGAAAUAACAGAAGAAUAUUUUCAUAACCAAAGAUAUCCCACACAAUUCCUAGCUUUUAUAUUUUACCAUCAUUCUUCCUCUUGUGUGCAUUUGUCUAAAAGAAUCUCCGAGGGCAGUCAAUGACCCACCCUCCCUACCCCCAGGCAUGAUGCGGUGCACUGCUGUCAAUGCAUGUAAAUGUACUGCUGUCCACACCUGUGGACAGCGACCCUUUUUAUGGCUUCCAUAUCUCAUUGUAUAUUUAUGUGUAUUGUAGGUAGUGAGAAUAUGUUACUAUGUUAACACUUGGUACCUGACUACAGUUUUGUCAGGGUACUGUAGUUGACACACCCUUAUCCCCCUGUUGUGGUUCAGUUUUAUCCUUGGUUGAUGUUUUAUCUUCCUUUGUAUUUGCUUUGUGAUUUGUAUGUUAAUUAGUGAAAAAAAGGAAAGGAGAAAUUGAACCAGGGCUAAGACUGAACCACAACAUUCUCUUACCAGAAUUGGGACACAGUAGCUAUUUAUAUGCCUGAGUAGAGAAAGUUGAGACCUUUGUUUGUACACUAACUUAGUUAGAAGGCAUGGUAGUCCCAUUCCAGUGGUGUACUACCCACACUUCACUGCUACAGUCAUGGUGAGGGUCACCGGGUAUGUAACCCCAAGUUCUAAAAAUUCGAUUCUAUCAUGUGCCUUUUGUUGUCAUUGAAAAUCCUCACUCAGGAAGUGUCAAUAAGGUAAUUAAUGGUAUUGUAUAGUACAGAGUUUAGUGCCCAGGCACCGAUUGUGAGCAUACCCUCAAGCCUCUCUUAUCACCAGUAACUUGGCUUACUCAGGCUGGUAUGCUCAAUAUAUUCACUUAAUUUUGUUUUAGUGUCAAUCUAAAGUGGAUGGGAAAAAAGAGAUGCAUUCAUUAGCAAUUGCCAACUUCACUCUUCCAGGAGAUAAUGGCUUUCCAUUAAAUGCAAUGUACCAGAAGCCAGCCAGUAAGGCUGAAGCAGGUAUUGUCUUUAUUAGAUGUGUGUUAUAACAUGUAUAAAUACAUGUUAUGGUUAAAAUUUUUCCAUCGUUUAAAUUUUAUUUCCCUUAGCUUUUUAGGUAUGGUAAUGUCUGAUAAUGACAUUAAAACAAGGGAAACCACCAACAUAUAGGCAAAUCUUCAUUUACUGUAUUUUCCUCAUUGAUGCACGCUUCUUGAUUCUAAUCAGGUGACAAAAAUGCAGUCUAUAAAUACAAGCACUUUCACUUUUUCUACAGCAUUUUGUCUUUUUCUAUGAAACCCCCAUGGUAAUGAAGCAAAAUAUAAACAAUGAAGUAAGCCAAGAUUUGCCUAUUAUACAACUCUCAGUAAAAUUGUCUAAAUGUUUCAUACUUUUUUUUCUUUGUGGCCAGACUCCAUGAGGGGAUACUUAACUCAGCUGAGACAAGAACUUGGUCAGAGAAUUAUUGAAGCUGUGUUUGAUCCUCAGACAGAUAAACCAUCUAAGGUAAAAUAUUAAGAUCGCUUGGAAGUGAUUUUUCAGUUCUUGCCCACCUAGGUGGAGCUGAGGGCUUGGUAAAACACAAGUCUUUGUUUUCAUUUUACAUUGUGUUAUUUAGGUGUUUGCAAUAAUUGUUCUUGUUUUCAGUGGUGGAUGUGUUUUGUGAAGAGGAAGUUUAUGGACAAGAGCCUCUCUGCACCUGGACAGUAAUGCUGUAAAAAAAGUAAGUUAAUGUGAAAGAAACUUACACUUGAUGGAAAUACAAGGUGGUUCUACAUCUAAAUAAUCAUCCCCUCUAAACAGACUCCUCAAGUUGAUCCCUUAUCAGUAAUUCAUUUAUCGAAAUCAUUGGCAUCAUCUAGACCUGUUGUGUAAAUGAUGUAGUCUUAAAUGCAGCUGUCUCCACGUCCUAACCUGUGGGAGGCAUACCCCUCCCCCCCCACUGGUUAGAGGGUGGAGACAGCUCACUUUUUUCAGACUAUCAAUGUUGCUGCUUUUCUAAUAAUUCUUAAAAAAGGACGAAUGCUACACAAAGGAAUACAAGGCAUAUAGGGUUUGAGUCAACUGUAAUUCUGUCCUUUUUAGCUGGUCCUAAGUCAUGAGCUAUUUUGUUGGAACCAGCCUUUUUUUCAUGCCCUGUGUACGAAGAUUAUUAGCUGACUUCCUGUUCUUGUUUGCUGUUUUUUUUUUUUCCAGGUCAUUUAUGUUCGUACAUCAUGGCUGACUUGAGAACAAAACCUGUGUAAAAUGUGAAUUUUUGAGUUUAAAACAAUAAAGACAGUUUUACAG